UUUACGUACGUUAAUGGUCAUUGAUUGUAACGUCGUAUGAUACUUCAUUGCUUUCGCUAAACGGUAAGGUCAUCAUUUUAUCAGCCGACGUGCUCAAUAUACGAUACGUCACUGUAUUUGCGUCCGUGAUUCAGCAAAACGAUAAUUACAUUUCAUAACUAAACGGUAGUUGUUACCGAAGAACUACAUUUUACAAGCGAUUGUCAUUCGGUGUAGUCGAGAAACUUCUAAAGAUGGUUAAAGCCGUGUGCGUCCUUCAGGGUGAAGCCAAAGGCACUCUCUAUUUUGAACAACCGGAAAAUGCUGCUGCAGUCAAGGUCACCGGUCAGGUAACCGGUUUAAAGAAAGGAUUGCACGGUUUCCACAUUCAUGAAUUCGGCGAUAACACUAAUGGUUGUACAAGUGCUGGUGCACACUUUAAUCCAUUAAAAAAGGAUCAUGGUGGUCCUGAUUCAGAUGUACGUCAUGUUGGAGAUUUGGGAAAUGUUGAAGCAGAUGCAAGUGGUGUUGCUAGUGUUAACAUAAAUGACAAGGUCAUCCAACUUCAAGGGCCACACAGCAUAAUUGGCAGAACACUUGUAGUUCAUGCUGAUCCAGAUGAUCUUGGCAAAGGUGGAGUAGAAUUAUCAAAAACUACAGGAAAUGCUGGUGCUCGUAUCGCUUGUGGUGUUGUUGGAAUUGCAAAUGCCUAAAUAUAUAUUCUAAUACAAUAACAAAAGCAAUACAAAUUAUUACUAGAAAUUACACAAUGAUUAUUAUAAUUUGAAUAUAAGUUUAAAUAUCAUUCCUAAUUUCUUGUAAUAUAAAUCUUUUACUUAUGUAAUCUGUGGUACAAUUUCAAUAAAGUAAAUGUCAUAAUACA